UCGAUUGCUUCCGUGGCUAAACGAAAAGGCUCACCCUGUGAACAAGGGGAUAGUUCUCAAGAUGGCAAAAGAAUGAGAUUGUCGGGGCCAGACCUUCCAAUGGUACUGGGUAUAAUAUUGCUAUGUUUUUGAUCGGCCUGGUGGUCAUGGGUACUCUAUUACACAAAUUGUUACAAACAAAUCUUUCAAUACUUCACUACUUUGUCAUUAUGACAGUAAAGUGAACUGUAGCUUUGCUAGUACAAAUUAUAUAUUCCCCAUAUCUGGCAUACGCAGUUUAAUAAAAAUCACAUCAUUCAGAACACCGCCACCUUUGCCUUCUUACCGCAGCUCUUUGCUUUCCACAUUCAAAACCAUUUUUUUUUUAAUUUGCCCAGCACUUAACUUUCCACAUUCUGACUAGCUGGGUAACUGGUUUCAUCUCCUCAUCGUGAAACCUUUUACCUGAUCCUUGUGCCAGAACAUAUUUCAGGCAUGACUGCAGUGAUAAUGCCUACUUCCUUGCCUAACUGCAGAUUUCUCUUCCUGAAGACAUGCUUAUUUCAGUCCUAAUAAAUGGAAUAGGACAAAAAUGCCAACUAUCUCUUUAGAUUGUUAAUGCCAAAGCUUUGACCAAUCCAGGUCCCAAACUCUCCUCUUAAAUUCACACCUCUCUAUCAGGACAUCUGGCAUCAUAUAAGUUCCCUACUGCCAAUGAGAGAUGCUGCCCGAGCUAGCUGCGUUUCUUGUGCAUUUGAAUGUUCCUGGAGAUACUAUCCCAACCUCACUUUUUGUACGAGUAAAAUGAGCCUAAAUGGACAGCAUUUCGUCAACAAAGUUGACCAAAUUAUGAAAAAACACUCGGGCAUUGGCAUGAAGACGUUCGAGUUUGAAUACAAUGGUCCUUGCUUUGACACCAGUAAACUCAACGAUUGGCUUCAGAUUGCUGUUACUUCAGGGAUUGAAGAACUCGAGAUUUCACUGUAUCUGGCAAACAAGGCAGAGCACUACAACUUCCCGUGCUCACUUUUAUUCUCUGGGAGUGGAGGAAACUCAAUUCGGAGGCUUGACCUCAGCGGAUGCGCCUUCCAUCCCAUGGCUGGACUUGGUUGCUUGACAAGGCUGGAUCUGCUUUCGGUGCAUAUUACGGAGGAUGAGUUAGGAUGCCUUCUUUCCAGUUCUUUUGCUUUGGAGGAACUGCAUCUCACAGAGUGCAGCGACAUCAUUUGCCUCAAGAUACCUUGCCUGCUACACCGGCUCAGCAAGCUGAACGUGUCUGAUUGCGAUGCACUGAAAGGUAUAGAGAAUAAAGCUCCAAAUCUCCGCACUGUUUCUAUCGAUAGUUACAUAGUACACCAUUCUAUUGGAGAUUCAUUGCGAGUGAAGGACCUUGAAAUGGUCCGCUUCUCUGAGUUUAACCUCAUUCAUCAUACUUGUGCCAAGCUUCCAGCAUGUAUGCCAAAUCUUGAAACUCUCAGCAUUCGUUCGACUGGUGAGAUGUUCAGCACACCAUCAGCACCUCUUGAAUUCUUCCACCUCAAGCAAUUGGACAUUCGUCUUGAUGCUGAAAGUGGGGCAUUUUCCCCAAACUCCGAUUAUUUUUCUCUAGUCGUUUUUUUGGAUGCCUGCCCUAUCUUGGAGACUUUCAGGCUGGAAGUUAUACAGACUCGCAUGAAGCAUGUUUCAGUUCUUCAAGAUUCCUCGCAUCUGAGGCAGAUUCCAGGACUCCGGCAUGGCAACAUCAAGAAGGUGGAGAUCAUCGGCUUCUGCUCUGCGAAGAGCAUGGUCGAGCUGACCUGCCAUAUUCUUGAGAAUGCAACAUCACUCGAGUGCCUUACAUUGGACACCAUCUCAGGUGGUAUUGGUAUUGGCGAUGUAGAUGCUUAUAGGCUGAAUAGACACAAAUUCGGUGUAUGCUUCAGUGAAGGCAGGCACAUGAUCGUGGAAGCCCACAAAGCGGUCUUGGCUAUCGAAAGACACGUUAUGGUGAAAGUCCCCUCCACUGUCAAGUUAAAUGUUAUCAAGCCCUGCAGCCGUUGCCAUGUUGUUUAACGACGGCGGCCAUCCAAAGCUAUAGCAACUAUCUAGUGUUUAGUUACCGAGGAAAAAUAGAACUACCAAGUGUUCAACAGCUGCAAGAUUAUAUGGGUUGUGUUUCUUUC